AAUGGGUCCUCGGAAAUUAUACGUACGCUAUUUCAAACAGGAAGAGCAGUGUAUGAUUUUUCCUGUGUAGCGGUUGUAUUUGGAAUAUUUAAUUGAAGAUGUUAUCGAUGUUCAAAAAUAUCCCAACCCAUAUGGAUUACAAGGGCCAGAAAUUAGCCGAACAAAUUUUUCAAGGCAUCAUUCUGGUAUCAGCGGUUAUCGGGUUUUUAUACGGCUUUGCCAUUGAACAAUUUGGAUGGACUGUGUACAUAGUGCUGGGAGGUUUUGCUGUGUCCUGCCUGCUCACCCUACCACCCUGGCCCAUGUACCGCCAAAAUCCCCUCAGCUGGCAACCAGCUCUGCCCGAAACAUCUGGAGACAGCCGUGAGAAGCCACAGGAGAAUCUUAAGAAGAAGAAACACAAGUAGACUGUCCAGUCCCAUUUCUGUCAAUGCUGAGCAAGAGUUUUGUAUUCAAAAUGUGAAUCUUGAGAAGUUGCCGAUGUAGUGAAAGUGUGCCUAUUUGUAUUCAAAAUUACAUACUGAUAUUGAAAUAAAGGAAAUCACAUUUCUUGAGAUUC